GCAUUUAUUUCACACGUUUCAUUUCUAUUCAAGUCAAAACCAUAGGUUGCAAAAAAUAUAGCUUCCCUAAAAUUUCCACAUUUAUUUUAGCACCACCACUGCGGCUUUUAGCUCCUCUCAUUCCAACGGUGGCCGGAAAACCCAUUUGAGCGGUGCUGCCAGCCAACUUUUCUCCUUUCUCUCACAAUCAACUGGGAAUUGUUCCCUUUCAAUCCCUCUUUUUGUGCAGGUGUUAUGGAGAUAUCUUUGUUAAAGGUGCUAUCUGAUGCGAUAUCCUCAUUUUCGCAUUUAUCAUUUUCUGAAAGAAUGAAGUCAGAACCUGUAUCAAAGUAUUACCAAAAGGCAGAGAAGAUGCUUAAGUUGUUGAAGCCGAUUAUUGAUACUACUGUUUUUUCUGAUUUAGCUUCUAACAAAUUGCUUAGUAAGCUAUUUGAGGAACUUAGUCUAGCUGUUGAUGAGUUGAGGGAGCUUAUUCUGAACUGGCAUCCAUUAUCUAGUAAUUUUUACUUUGUUAUUCAAGUUGAUCCCUUAAUAUCAACAAUUCAGGAUUUGGGACUCAGCAUUUUACAACAGCUGAAGGCUUCACCUCAAAGUCUCCUUGAUAAUUUACGAGAUGAAACAUCAUCAACCAUUAAAAAAGCUAUUAUGGAACAACUGGAAGGUGUAGGGCCAAGUACAGAGGUCCUGGAAAACAUCGCCGAGAAUCUGGGUCUAAGGUCUAAUCAAGAGGCCCUGAUAGAGGCUGUAGCCCUUGAUAAGUUGAAGGAGAAUGCUGAACAACUUGAAAAUGCUGUAGAAGUUGAAUUUAUUGAUCAAAUGAUCUCAGUUGUAAAUCGUAUGCAUGAGCAUCUUGUUAUGCUUAAGCAAGCUCAGAGCUCUAUCCCGGUGUUAGUACCUGCUGAUUUUUGCUGUCCUCUCUCUUUAGAAUUGAUGAUGGAUCCAGUCAUUGUGGCAUCAGGGCAAACAUAUGAGCGGGCUUUCAUCAAGAACUGGAUUGAUCUUGGACUUACUGUUUGUCCCAAGACACGUCAGACUCUGGUUCACACCAAUCUAAUACCUAACUACACUGUCAAGGCACUAAUUGCUAACUGGUGUGAAUCAAAUGAUGUGAAGCUCGUUGAUCCCAUGAAGUCCAAAAGCUUAAAUCAGUCAUCUCCUUUUCAUGGGUCUAUGGAGUCUGGUUUGAUCAAGGAUUUGCCUGAAAUCCACCAAGAACGAACAUCAACAUUGCAUUCCUCUUCAACUCCAAGUGGUUCCUUAAAUGGUAUGGUUAAUGAGCAGCAUGUGAAUCUUGAAAGAAUAUCAUCCACAGGUUCGGAUGACGAGUCUGCCAGCUCAGAUGAAGGGAGUGUGGAUUCAGUUGACCAAUCAUUAAUGUCACCAUCUACAAGGGAAUCCUCCAAUGCCUUAAGCUCAGAACAAUCUCAAACUGAUGUUAGAACUACUUCUCAUAACAAUACUCCUCUGCUGUCAACCAGUUCAGUCCACAGUCAAGAUGCUUCUGGAGAAUUGAAUUCAGGGCCAGAUGCUGUUGCCAUGCCAACUCGUCGUAGAGAACCUGAGUUUUCACCCCAAUUGGCGGUGCCAAGGUCUCGAAGCCAAACUUUAUGGCAAAGGUCAUCUGAGUGGCUUGUUCCUAGGGUAGUGUCUAAUCCUAUCGAAACAAGAGCUGAUCUUUCUGCUGCUGAAACCCAGGUUCGGAAAUUAUUGGAGCAGUUAAAGAGCGAUUCUGUUGAUUCUAAGAGAGAGGCAACAGCAGAACUCCGCCUUCUUGCUAAGGAAAAUAUGGAUAACCGAAUUGUGAUCUCAAAUUGUGGAGCCAUUAGCUUAAUAGUUGAUUUACUGCAAUCAACCGAUACUAGGAUCCAGGAAAAUUCUGUUACAACACUCCUUAACUUAUCAAUCAAUGAUAACAACAAAGCUGCUAUUGCAAAUUCUGGUGCAAUUGAACCUUUGAUUCAUGUCCUUCAGACAGGGAGUCCAGAAGCCAAGGAGAAUUCAGCUGCCACUCUUUUCAGCCUAUCAGUUACUGAGGAAAACAAGAUCAGGAUAGGCAGGUCUGGGGCAAUUCGACCACUGGUCGAUUUAUUAGGGAACGGAACGCCUAGAGGGAAGAAAGAUGCUGCCACUGCUUUGUUUAACUUGUCAUUAUUUCAUGAAAACAAGGAUCGAAUUGUGCAAGCCGGUGCUGUGAAAAACCUUGUAGAGUUAAUGGACCCGGCAGCCGGAAUGGUUGAUAAGGCAGUGGCUGUUCUAGCAAAUCUUGCUACGAUACCAGAAGGGAAAACAGCAAUUGGUCAGCAAGGUGGCAUUCCUGUUUUGGUUGAAGUUAUCGAGUUGGGUUCUGCGAGAGGAAAGGAGAAUGCAGCAGCGGCUCUUCUACAUCUAUGCUCAGACAAUCACAGAUACUUAAACAUGGUGCUCCAAGAAGGAGCUGUACCCCCUUUAGUAGCAUUGUCACAAUCAGGCACCCCAAGGGCCAAAGAAAAGGCCUUGGCUCUCCUUAAUCAAUUUAGAAGCCAAAGACAUGGGAGCGCUGGGAGAGCUUGAUCUUGAUUUUCCAACCUUGUGAGCCUUCCAAAGGUUUUGAAUCAACUUACAAAAUAUGUAAGAUUUAUACAUUGCAUUGUGCACAUAAUAUGCGUAAAGUUUUUAUUUUUUUAUUUUUUUAUUGUUUACACAUGCUUGUAAAGGGGGAGAAUAUGUAUGGAGGAGGAGAAUUGAUUGUGUCCUCAUGUGACACACCUCUCUGUGAUGUGAAGAAAAAUUAUGCAUGCAAGUGUAACUUUUGUUUCUGAGCUAAGGCAAAAUGUUAGUGGACAAUAACUAGUAUUUGGUGAUGUAUUAACUGGCCCUUUCAAUACGAUAGGGAUCUGGAUAUUGUCUUCAUCCUUAGAUGAUAGUAUGUAGCAAGCAUUUGAAGAAGAAAUUAUUAAGUGUUAACAGUUAAAAGUGGCAUAAGAGUUGCAUUUCUCAUUAAGCUAA